CAGGAAACUCCUCUGAAAGACAGUGACUAAAGUCAGAGCGCCUUGUGCAUUCCGAUCCACCGUCCAGAUGGAUUUGCUCAAUGCAGUUUUGCUUGGGUUACUUUUCAUGGUCGGAGCAGCUGGAGUCGCAGGACUCACUGGACCAUUGAUAGUCAUCGGGACAGAAGGAGAAUCUGUGUCAGUGAAGUGUUAUAGCAAUCAACACAUCGUUUCCUACUCAGCAUUUUGGUGUCGCUUUGGACUCCAUGGGAUAUGUCACCAGAUUAUUAGAGCAGACGACAAUAAAAUGGAUACUAAAGUAAAUAUUGAGAUGGUGCACAGUGGAUUUGAAAUAAAAAUAAACAAAAUUACAGCAAGUGAUGCUGGACAGUACCAAUGUGGUUUAAGUGACUACUAUGAUGAGACUCAUAAGGUGGAGCUAAAAGUUCUUCCAGCUCCUGGUUUGAAAGGACCCAUGAGAGUCACUGCACUUGUGGAGAGGUCUGUGGAAGUGAAAUGUCAGUAUAGCCAGAAAUACAAUAGCCCAUUUUACACAAAAUACUUCUGUAAAUGGACUUCAAAUUAUUUCUGUAAUAAACUAGCAUCUUACACACAACCAAAAGUAACAAUCAACAACAACGAUAGCAGCAGUUUAUUUGUUGCUUCUUUGUCAGAUUUAAUCAAGAAUGACGCAGUAAUGUAUGCAUGUGGGAUAUCAGAUCCAUUAUACAAUAUGGAAAUUUCAUCAUCUGUGGAGCUGGUACUUCACACAGACAUUAAAGGUGAUCCGAAGGUAACUGCUGCUGUGGGCAAGAAAGUGGUAAUGACAUGUGAGUAUGCAAAGAAAUAUAAAGACUCUAAGAAAUACUGGUGUAAAACAAAUCCAAAACGCUGUUUCUAUCAAUCACAACGUUACUAUCGACAAAUUGUUCAUGAUGACAAGUGGAACUACUUAUUUACAUUGCAAAUUCAUUGGGUGGAAGUCACAGAUGCAGGGAGUUACGAAUGUGUGAUAGAAGACUCGAGAAAUGCAUUUCUGUCUUUUGUGGUGGAACUGGCAGUAACUGACUAUUCCAUUGUCACAGAACCAAAGACAGUAACAGAAUAUAGGGGCAAAUCAAUAAAGAUAAAAUGUCAUUAUAGCCAAACAUACAACAGCGCUGCUAAGAUAUGGUGCAAAGAAGAACGUGGUGGGUGCACACCUUUGGCCAGCAGCCAAUACCCACAAGCCAGAGUGGCUUUCGAAGAUGACAGGGAGAGUGGAACACUCAUUGUGACUAUGUAUGACCUCACAGUUAACGACACUGGAUGUUACAAGUGUACAACCAGCUGGCCUAACAAACACACCUAUUGUCCUGUUAAGCUUCAGGUGCUUGAUUUGGAAAUUCUAAAGGUACAAGAUACAGUGGAGAGAACUGUGGGAUCACCUGUCAUGAUGGAAUGCUAUUAUAAACCACAGUAUGUAGAAUAUGAAAAGUACUGGUGUAAACUGGAGAUGAAUGGAAAAUGUCAAAGUGUGAACUCUAACCGGGAUGAGCAGAAGAGAUGGGAAGUCAAUGAUAAAACAAAUAAUUAUACACUGACACUAUACACCCGGACCCUGACUAUGGAGGAUGCUGGACAGUACCAGUGUGGAAUACGUCGAUCUGAAUAUCCCAUUGACACAGUACAAGUGCAACUGCGUGUUCUCCCAGCUAAGGUGGAAGACACCACCAUUAAUCAGCAACAUGAAGAUUUCAACCAAACCACUAAUUCUGGGACAAGAAUUAUUGCAUGGUUCAACGAAAACAAAAUCUUUCUUAUUAUAAUUGGGGUGCUGCUGGUGUUGAUAUUAAUAAUUGUGGUCUUAUUAAUUGCAAAGAUGAUUCGCAGACGAGUGAGAUUAACACACAAUGACAAAGACAACAGUUUUGGAGUACGGCUACGGAAUGUUCAAAACACUCCAGCAGUCUACCCGACAGUCCAGUCCUCUCAACAGAUGGCCAGCAUUGGCACUUCAGUUGAUAUUGAAGAAAGCAGUAGUGACAGCUCUGAAUGCCCUGAAGAUACGCCUGUUGUAAGAAACAAGGAACGCUGCAAUGAUGACUAUGUGAAUGUCGACAAAGAGCUCUGCAAAGAAGAUGAUGACUAUGUGAAUAUGGUUUCCCCUGAUGGAGGAAGGCCUGAAUCAAAAGGGAGCCCAAAGCUCACAUGUGACUAUGUGAAUGUUGAGCCACUUGACAGCUCAGAAAGUGAGGAAGAGGAGGAGGAGGAGAAGAAGGAGGAGGUGGACAAAGAGCCAGAGAGCAGUGAUCUAAAUCCCAGUAGAAGAUUAUAUAAACUGCAGAAGAGGCAACAAAGUGACAGUAGUGACAGUGAGGGUGACACAGUUCAGUACACCCAGAUUGUUUUCCAGUAGUUAAUCUUAUAUACUGUAUAGGAACAGCCAAUAUAGACAUUUAGAUUUGUUAUACAUGAAAUUAAAAGCCAGCAAAUGUUGGGGUUUGCCUGUUAUAGCAGUGACACCAGGAGCAGAUGAACAACUGGUGCCGUCCUUCAAAAACUGAUGGAAGUUUUCUUCAUUGUAGUGUUGUGAUGAAGAAGCUGGAAUUCCCAAAGGGGCCAAAGUUAUUUUUUUUUCUGAGUAUGGCUACCAAAUUAACUUUCUUUGUCUCGUUUUAUCUGUGUUGCACAAAUAAUUGAAUAUUUUUAAACAUUCAUUCUGCUCUGAACAGUCCAGCUGUGCAUUUUCCAAACCUCCAGUGCAAGCCAUCCAGGCAUCAAGUAAUAGUAUUAGAUGCAAAGCUAGAACCAGCUCUGAAUGGGAUACCAGGGCACCACAGGUCGACUUUAAUUUGGGCCAGUUUAGAGUUGGCAAUUAACAGGUAUAAGAAAAGUGGAAUACUCUGAACAAAUCAAGCAAAUAUCUAGAGAAUGGGUAUACUUUGCAUUAAUCUGAACUGAACUUACACCUUACACCUAUGAGACAGCCAUGCUAUCCCCUGUGCCAACAUGCUACCCAUUAAUGUUUUGCGAAUACAGUGCCUUCAGAAAGUGUUCAGAUCCCUUUAUGCUGCAGCCUUAAGCUAAAUUCAAUUACAUUUAUUUUCCCCCCAAGCAACCAACACACAAUACUCCAGAAUGACAAAGCAAAAAUGGAAUUUUAGAAAUUUUUACAUUUUUUUAAUUAAAAAAAUGACUCAAGGUUAAAGAAUAUUUGCUAUGACACUUGAAAUUUCAGGAGCAUCCCAUUCUAUUGAUCCUCAUUGAGAUGCUCUGGACCAGUGGUCCUCAAUCGCAGUCCUGGAGGGCCGCAGUGGCUGCAGGUUUUAAUUCCAACUCGUUUCCCAAUUAGAAGACAGUCCAUGCUGAUAAUGAAACUUAGUAUUUAACUAUUUAGCUUGUUAAUGCUUGCAAUUUUAAUUGCACUGUAGCGUUUCCUUCUGUGAGAACAUUAUCCAUGUGUUUUGUGGACCAGAAUAGAUUUAAACUUAAUGGCCCUUCCAAUUCCCCUCUCAUUUAUUUUUUAUCACAGAUCCUGCACGUGAGCUGGAGAGCUGCUGGUUUAUUUGGUUAUCUGCAUCUCAUUAUUAACUAAUGUCUGAUUAUGAAAACAGGCAACAAUUAAAACUUAAAUGCAGCUGCUAAAAUCUAAAAUAGGCAAUUAAGGGUUCUGAAUGGUAACAGGCAAGAGAACUAAAAUUAAGCCCAAAAAACAUAUUGCUUUAGCAGUAAAUAAAAGGGUUCUAAUUAAGAAAUUGGUUAAAGUGAAAACCUGCAGCCAUAGCAGACCUCCAGGACUGUAAUUGAGGACCUCUGAUCUACAAACUAACUAACAUUUGUCUUUGAUGAAUAAAGGGACUAACAAGGCAUAGAGUUAAACACCAACUUCCAUUAUCAGCAAGGACAGAGUUCUAAUUAGGACACUGGCUAGAAUGAAAACCCGUAGCCACUGCGGCCCUCCAGCACCAUGAUUGAGGACCCCUUUUCUGAGAGUCUUCGUGUGAUCAAUCAAGUUGAAUACACAUAAUUAGGAAAGGGCCAUAUCUGUCUACGAAAGGUCCCACAGCUGACAAUGUGUAUCAGAGCAAAACCCAAGCCAUGAGGUCAAAGGAACUGCCUGCAGAGCUUAGACACAAGAUUGUGUAGAGGCACAGAUCUAGGGAAAGCUACAAAAAUAAUACUGCAGCACCUCCAAAAUUCUUAAACAGAGAAAAGUUUUAUAUAAUCACAACUCUUCCUUGAUCUGGCUGUCUGGCCAAACUGAGCAUUCAGGGGAGAGAAAUGACCAAGAAUCCAGUGGUCACUCAGGAUGAGCUCCAGAGAACUUGUGUGGGCUUUAUGGUGACACAUGAAAGGCCACUUGGAGUUUGCAAAAAGGUACCUACAGGACUAUUAUCAGAGUGUGAGAAACAUGAUUCUCUGGUGUGAUGAAACCAAAAUGGAACUGUUUGGCAUAAACUGUAAGUGUCAUGUAAAGAGGAACCAGGCACUGUUCAUCACCUGCACAAUACCAUUCCAAUGAUCAAGCAUGGUGGAGGGCAGCAUCACACUCUGGGGUUGUUUUUCCACAGCAAGGACUAGGAGACUGUACAGGGUUGUGGAAAAGCUGAACAGAGCAAAGUAUUGAGAUAUCCUUAAUGAGAGUGCCCUGGACCUCAUUUUGGGUCAAUGGUUCAUCAUUUAACAGGACAAUGACCAUAAGCACAGACAACACAAAGCAGCCUAGCCAGAGCGUGGACUUGAACAUAUCUGGAAAGAUCUGAAAAUAACUGUCCACUGACAAUCUCCAAGUAACCUGACAAAGCUUGAGAGGAAACGUAGAGAUAGUAGAUGUAUGUAGGUUGUGAAAUCAUACUUAAGAAGGCCAUCAUUUCUGCCAAUUGUGUUUUACUGAAGUACUGAGUAAACGGUCUGAAUACGUGCGUCAAAGUGAUGUAUCGUUUUUUUAUUUUUAGUAUAUUUGCACAAAUUAAAAAAUCUUGUUUUCACUCUAUCAUUCUGGGGCAUUGAGUGUUGUUUGAUGAGGGAAUGAAUGAACUUAAAAACAGUUUUAGGAAAAGGCUGCAACAUAACAAAAUUUGAAAAAGGGAAUACUUUUUGAAGGUACUGUAGAUUAAAACAUUUGAAAUGUUUUUUCACUGAUAUAGAGACAGCACCUGCGAGUUCUGACUAAAUGAGGAACCCAAACUGGCAGAGGUUUUAUGCCCUACCAUUGUAAGUAAUGCUUUGAAAAUAACUCCUCGGUGGCAGGCUGUGGAGGAUCUGGCAGGUAGCCAGUAAAACUGUCAUAAAAUGGCAGGUGGCUGCAGGCAGAUACCCCUAGGAACUUAAGGAACUGUCUUAAAGUGAGGCCAUUGACUGCCACCUAAUGUAAGGCUGGAUCUUUAAGGGUAGAUUAGAGCUAAAUGAAUAUAAACUACCCUGACCUGCUGGCUGCAUACAUGUAGCUGAUCUGACUCCAGGGGUGAGAUCAAUGCUGGGGCAGACGUAAAGUGCAUGAUUAUUAUCAGAAUGUAAUAUGCAUUAUUAUUUGGAUGUCCCAAAGUAAUAGCAGUAGUAGAAAUACUGUCUUGUAUACAGAGUGCAGUUAAAUUCUUAUUUUCAUCUCUGACCAACAUGCAGCAGUCCAGUACUACAAACAUAAAGAUGGCCAGGAUGUGACAGAGAGUAUUUAAUGUGGUAGGAAUUUGGGAAGAUUGCUCCACCAGGAACACAAGGCUAAGGCAGACUGUAAUUGGGGCCAGUGGAUCAGCAGAACUUUUCUUUUAUUGUUCAUAUGAUACUUUGCUGCUCCAUUGUCCUUCUUUGGUAUGGUUUAAAUAAAUGCAGUAAUUCUUACAAUUUUGGAGUCCUUUGGCUAGUUUUAUUGCUGUUGUGAACAGAUACUAAAUAAGCACUCUUCUAUAUCUAUAGACAGCAAAUACUAUUUACUACUGUAUAUAUAGAUAUGAGAAUCAGGUCAUGGCUCAGGUUAGAAGACCUGUGGUCAAUACAGCAUGUUACCAUCUUGUAGCUUCACUGAGCCAACCACUACACACCACUAACCCCAUCUUGGUGCGAGCUCUGUUCAGUGGUCAAAGGAAUUCCAUUUUGAUCCUUUUGAAAAUGUCACUUAUGUCUGUUAAGGUACAAUAGGUCCCAUGCCAGCUAACUCCACAUGCUAGUUCCAUGUA